CAUUUGUCCUGCAACACGAAAUUGAUUUCGCGCUGACACAGACACAACAUUGAAUGACGAGUAUCCUGAUGAUAAUAACAAUAAUCUUUGGACAUCCAGAAAAUCACAGAACAGACUGUAUGGAAGCGUGUGUAUUCCGAAGCACAGAUCCAAUCUUGUUCCAAGUACGCAAGAUUCACUCGGAUAUCAGAGAAUUUCGCCAAUAAUCAAGACAUCAAAGCACGCCAAUGAUGCUUCAUCGGAAACGUCUGUAGAAUCAUCGUCAACCUAUGGUUCAGAAAUGGAAACAUCCCCAGAUUCACCAAACUCAACUGAAGGUUUACAAGCCACUGAAAACACACAGACGUGUAGUGAUGAAGUUUUUGACAAAGAAGGACAGAUUGGAAUUCUCCUAAGGCCAAUAUUCAGAUUUAGAAACUAUGACAGUGAAGAUAUUUACAAGGUGACGCAACCAACACCAAAAUCACCUGCCGCAACUCGUCGCCUUCCUUUACCUCAACUCCACGCUCCGCGAAAACCACCGCUGCCACCAAUUUGUUUCCGAGUCCCGCGACCACCCUUUUCAAAACCUCUACCACCAUCCUUUCUACCGCCUUUGUUCACCGGUUUCAACAAUUCAGCCACACCACUGCCUGAGUCGCUAAUGCCAUACAAUAUGAAACCAAAGAAGACAUCCUCGGCUGCAUUCAGAUUGAAGAAGGCUUCCGUAUCUCCGCAUGCACAAGACGAUGUGAAUGUGGACUUGACAAGGAGAUUUAGAACAUUGAAAGUGCGAGACGUGUCUGUGGAACCUAUCAGUCGAAUAUGCCCAUUAAGGAAGACAGAUAGGAGUGUUCAGAUGGCAGUGAGCGGUGAUAAUACCAGAUUCUCCGAGAUUUCAAAAUACAUUGACGAUGAGUCAUCAUUCACUUCCCAAGGAUCAUCUCCAAUCUAUCCUUCGCAGUGUAAAUUAGUGUCAAGUAGAUAAUAAGAAUCAUUCUCAAUUCCAAUGAGUUGAUAAAUAAACAAUGUUGAGGUGGACGUCUACAUUCACACUAGUGCAAUGUGAGUCGGCUAUCUGAUUCAUUUGUCCUGCAACACGAAAUUGGUGAACACUUAUUUUCAACCGCGUUGAG